AUGAGAUCUUACAUUACAAAGGACUUCGCAAAGAAACUCAACGUGGUAACCAUAGAAGAUAGUCAUCUUACCAUAUUUGUUUUUGGUACCAAUACACCUCAAGAAGUGGAAAGUCCCAAAGUCAAGAUACAGAUGGUGACACAAACCGGUGAAAUUGUUUCAAUUAAUGUCAACGUCAUCCCUGUGAUUGCAAGAGGCGUUCCAUACUUAGGACCUGACCGUAAAUUAUGGAAUCCGGAAUAUAAGUUAGCUGAUGAUGGAUCCUUCGGUGACCGGAUAGACCUUUUAGUGGGUAACGACUACUAUCUAUCUCUGUUAUUACCCGAGAUAAUAGAAUUAAAGGAAGAUCUUUUCAUGAUUAACACCAAGUUUGGAUGGACUUUCGGUGGAAAACCAGAGAUAGAAACAGAUAAUAACUUGGAAAUCAUCACCUAUUGUCAGACUAACUUGGAUAUAGGAAGAAAUAAACCUGAUUUACCAUUAGAAGGUGUAAACCUAAAGGAACUAUGGGAUCUUGAAACAAUUGGCAUCGUGGACUCUCCGAAAGAGGGCAGAGAGGAAGAAGCCUUGCGUCAUUUCAACGAGACGACCCAGUUUGAACAUGGCAGAUACCAAGUCUCGUGGCCAUGGGUAGAAUACCCUCCAGACUUUGAUCCUAACUUCGGUUUGGCACUAGGACGACUUGUCAGUUUAAUUAAUCGUCUAGAUGUUGACACAUUGACUUCGUACGACGAAUUAAUUAAGGAACAAGAGAAAUUAGGCAUAAUAGAAGUCGUACUGGAGGAAGAGGUUGUUAGCCCUAGUCAUCCCGUUCACUACCUACCACAUCACUGUGUCAAACAGAAGAAUAAGCCUCCGCGCAUAGUAUAUGACGCGUCAUCUAAAAUCAAGGACAAUAAGAGCUUAAACCAGUGUCUUUACUGUGGUCCCUUAAUGCUGGAAGAGUUGACAGGAAUAUUGUUGAAGUUUAGAUCACAUAACAUAGGUAUUUGUGCAGAUGUCGAGAAAGCAUUUCUACAAAUAGGUUUACAAGUUAAAGACCGUGACGUAACUAGAUUCCUUUGGAUCAAGGAUCUAGAUAAACCAAUAGAAAAUAACAAUUUAAUACAUAUGAGGUUCUGUAGAGUCCCAUUUGGUGUGAUCAGCAGUCCGUUCUUACUGAACGCCACAAUUAAAUACCAUUUAUCUAGAUCUAGUUUAGAAAGUAUACAACGUAUUGCUUAUGACAUCUAUGUAGAUAAUAUGGUGACUGGAACAGAUACUGUAGAAGAGGCUAUAGACUUAUAUAGCGCAACAAAACAAGAGUUUCAACGAAUGUCAAUGAACUUGAGGGAGUGCAGCUCCAACUCACGUGACUUCAUAGAACAGGUUCCAGACAGCUGUCAAGAUAGAAUAGUUAAGGUACUCGGACUGGACUGGAACUUAGAAUCAGAUACACUUCACUUGCGACUGAAGGAACGCGAGUAUCCUAGCACAAAGAGAGGAGUUCUACAAUGCAUCGCGUCAGUGUACGACCCUUGUGGGUACGCAGCACCCUCUACACUAUCAGCGAAGCUUCUUCUACAGGAUUUGUGGAAACUUAAAUUAAAAUGGGAUAACCCUUUAACUGGAGAUGAAGCGAAGAGAUGGAUUGACAUACAGAAAGAACUUAAGAACUUAAAGGACACCUGUGUUCCCCGGUGCUGUGUAGAGAACCUUCGGCAGAAGAGCUACUCCAUCCAUUGCUUCACAGAUGCUUCGACUAAAGCAUAUGCAGCGGUUGUCUACAUAGUGCAGGGCAACCAGAGAAACUUCGUAGUAGGAAAGUCAAGACUGAUACCUAUUAAGGAUCAAGAUGAUUUGAAGAUCCCGAAAUUAGAGCUUAUCGCAUCUCUUAUAGGUCAUCGUUUAAUCCAGUACGUUAAGAAGUCACUACAAGGCGAAAUAACUGAACAAAUCCUCUGGACGUCAGAUUGUAAUCGGUUGGUACUACUCAGAUAA